AUGAGACUCAAUGAAAAUGAGUCCAAUAACUCACCUUCAGUUAGCUCCCCUCAAAGUCAAGAAAAUAGUAUGGAAAUGGGUGGUUCAAGUAAUAGUAAUGUACCAUUAGAGGAAGAUUUGGUGUAUGAUGUUGAACUUCUUCCUCAUGAUCCGGGAAAAAGAAUAAACAUUAUGGAUUACCCCGCAAAUGAACGAAAUGCUGUUAGGAGGGGUUAUAUUCUUAAAAAACCUUGCCAACCAAAAACUCAUGUCUUCCCUACAAGACAAGUGUCUGGUUUGCGUCGCUUUAGUGUUCAUUGGUUCAACAAAUGGGAUUGGCUUGAAUAUAGUAUUGAAAAAGAUGCUGCAUUUUGUUUUGUAUGUUACUUGUUCAAGAAUGAAGUUGGUAUUAAACCGGGGGGUGAUGCAUUUGUUGAUGGAGGGUUUAGGGCAUGGAAUAAACCGGAAAGAUUUGAGAAGCAUGUUGGUGGAAUUAAAAGUGCUCAUAAUCUUGCUUAUGAGAAAUAUGUGAAUUUAAGAGAUGAAAAAAAGAAAUCAAUCUUGAAUGUGAUUGACAAUGCAAGUGAUGUGAUUAAAAGUGAAUAUUUUAUCCGCUUGAAAGCAUCUUUAUCUUGUUUAAGAUUUCUUUUGGGGCAAGGUUUGGCAUUUCGUGGACAUGAUGAAAGUGGGGAGUCAUAUAAUAGGGGUAAUUUCCUUGAGCUUUUGAAAUGGUUAGGAGAAAAGGUUGAGGAAGUAAGGAUACAUACUCUUGAAAAUGCACCUAAAAAUUGUCAAAUGACUUCCCCUCCUAUUCAAAAGGACAUUAUUAACUGUUGUGCCAAAGAAACAACUAGGUGCAUAAUAGAAGAAGUUGGUGAUGAUUACUUUGCUAUAUUGGCCGAUGAGUCAAGUGAUGUGUCCCAAAAAGAACAACUAGCUCUUGUUUUGCGUUUUGUUGAUAGAGAUAGUGGAAAGGUAAUGGAGCGAUUUUUAGGCAUUGUUCAUGUUGCUAAUACUACCGCUUUAACUCUUAAAGAUGCAAUCAUGUCUUUACUUGUUGAACAUUCAUUGAGCCCAUCUAUGAUAAGAGGGCAAGGGUAUGAUGGAGCUAGCAACAUGAAGGGUGAAAUAAAUGGCCUUAAGACUUUGAUUAUGAAUGAUACUCCAAGUGCCUACUAUAUACAUUGUUUUGCUCAUCAACUUCAACUAACAUUAGUUGCCGUUGCUAAAAAGAAUGAUAGUUGUGGUUGGCUUUUCGAGAUACUUGGAAAUUUGUUGAAUGUGGUUGGAGUUUCUUGCAAGAGAAGAGAAAUGAUUCGUCAAGAUCAAGCUCAAGAAGUUGCUCGAGCCUUGGAUGUUGGGGAUAUUGUGAGUGGAUCGGGUUUAAAUCAAGAACUUGGUUUGAGUAGGCCCGGGGAUACUCGUUGGAGUUCUCAUUACAAGUCACUUUUAAAUGCCAUCCUCUUAUUUCCUACAAUUAUUAAGGUGCUUGUACAAAUUGGGAAGCAUGGUGCAUCGGAAGAUAAGUUCAAAGCUCAAAUUGUUUUAGGACAAUUAGAGUCAUUUGACUUUAUUUUUGUUGCUCACUUGAUGUUGACUAUUUUUGGAUACACUAAUGAUUUGUGUGUUGCUUUGCAAAGAAAGGAGCAAGAUAUUGUAAAUGCCAUGGAACUUGUCACUUAUACAAAAACGGUGUUGCAAAAAAUGAGGGAGCGAGGAUGGGAUACUCUCUUAAACAAGGUAACUUCAUUUUGCACUAAACAUGGUGUUGUUAUUCCCACUAUGGAUUCUCUUUAUGUUCCUCAUGGAAGAUCAAGACGUUUUGUUGAAGAAGCAACAAAUGAACAUCAUUUUCGGGUUGGAAUUUUCUUAAGAUAA